AUGGCAAGAGUGGGAACUGGUUUGGUCAAGCGAAUCCUCGUUGACACUGGAGCCGACUUAAAUAUUAUCUUCCGAAAUGUGUUUGACGCCUUGGGGCUCCAAGAAGCCAACUUAAAAACUCACCAGUACAGAGUGGUCAGCUUAGGUGACCAUUUUAUCAAGCCUGAUGGAAUCAUCUCCCUCCGGAUCUCCAUAGGCAGAGGACAAGGAAAGAGGUUGCUAAAUGCAGAGUUCAUCAUUUUAAGGGACUCCACGGCUUACAACCUUAAUCAGGGGAGGAAAACAAUCAACGAGUUCAGAGUGGUAAUAUGUACCAAGCUGUUGGUAAUGAAGUUUGUAGCCGACAAUGGGUCGGUGGAAUCCGUCAAGGAAGAUUUUGAAACGGCAGUCGCGUGCGACAAUGCCAGCCUCUCCAUAAGGAAGAAGUUAAAGGAGGCAUCUGGGGUCUUCCUAGCCGAUCUAGACGCUAGGGUUGACGACAAACCAAGACCACAGCCCGAGGAAGACCUGGAAAGAUUUAGGGUCGGCGACUCGGAGGACAAGUUCACCUUCGUGAAUAAAAACCUCUCCCACGACUUGAAAGAGCCUUUGAUAGAGAUGAUUCGAGCAAAUAGAGAUCUGUUCGCCUUGACACCAGUCGACAUGCCGGGGAUUGACCCUCAGUUCAUGUCACAUCACCUGGUCAUGAAUGCAGAGGCCAAGCCCGUAGCCCAAAGACGAAGGAAGAUGUCUGAAGAUAGAGCCGACGGGGUGGCUAAGCAAACGGCCAGCAUGUUAGAAGCAGGGUUCAUCCGAGAACUGGACUAUUCGGCCUGGUUGUCAAACAAUCUCCUGGUUAAGAAGGCUAAUGGGAGGUGGAGAAUGUGUGUAGACUACUCCGACCUCAACAAGGCGUGCCCCAAAGACCUAGUGGACGCGGCAGCGGGAUAUUGCUUUCUGAGUUUCAUGGACGCAUACUCCGGUUACAACCAGAUACUGAUGCAUAGGUGA